CCCAAGAAAAUCCAAUCUAUCCACACGCCAGAAUACAAGGCUAGAUCUCACUGAUCCUGUCCCGACGAUGUGGGACCCAAUCUCAGCUCUGCAGCAAUCAACCGCCAAUCCUCUCCUGACAGGGCAUCAAUCCUCGUCCCAACACGACCGGUCCUAACUUUCCAGAGAUCGUCUCACCACUCCCUUCCUGAGUGGGAAUACGACUGUUAGUCACAAUCCAAGGGUCCAAUGUGUCAAUCAACCCGCUAGUCCACCUGACAGAAAGUAAUUCGAGUCGACGUACAUAUACAGGAAGAACCCACAUCUCCUCCUCAACACAUUCUAACCCUCAACCCCAUCCAAAACCACUAUAAUGAAACCCCUCCUCCUCCCCCUUCUUCUCCUCCAAACAACCAGUACCUCAGCCUGGACCUUCACCUGGCGAAACGCCUCCUCAGCCAGCUUCCUCAAAAACAGCCACGACCCGCUCCCCUGCACGAACAUCGACCAAGCAGAGGGCCAGCGCUUCGACUUCCACCCGGAAUCCGACAACUACAACUUCUACAUCUGGGCCACCGAGAACUGCACCGGUGAAUACGCCGGCUACACCACCCCCGAUGUCUGGCGGAAGAAGGCGAGCCAGAACCUGCGCUCGUAUCUGGUCGAUUACGGCGAUGGGUCGGGGCCGAAGUCGACGGCCUUAGUGGCUACUUCUACUGCGGAGGCGAGUUCGACUUCGUCUGCAUCGACGGCGGAGGCGACUUCCACUUCGACUUCGACUCCCACAGGGACUGCGGCGUCGUCUGCCUCGGCGUCAGCGUCAACCUCCCCAGAGUCCAACGGCGCUGCUAUUUCCGGCGGUGCCAUCGCCGGCAUCGUGAUCGCCGUGGUAGCGGGACUGAGCAUCCUCGGCGCUGGAUUCUUCUAUCUCGGACGACGGGCUCGACGCGGAAACAGUCCCAGCUCCAGUCCAAGCAAUCCCCCCUCUCAACCACCACAGGACAUGUACGCCUCCCCCGGCGGAAACAACAGCUUCGCAGCUACGGCUCAAUACCCGCCUUCUCUCCAUCAUGGCGGACAAACGCCGCAGCAGUCGAUGGGGCACUAUGGUGAUGCGGCGUCGCCUCUGGGUCAUACGCAGUCACCGUACAUGGAGACGACUAAGCUCGGGUCGCAGAAAUCGUGGGUCGAGUUGCCGGGGGACGAUAUGAUGGCGGAGUUGAGUAAUAGUCGGCAGGUGAAUGAGCUGGAGGGACAUUCGAAGAUGAGGUAUCAGUGAUAUUAUUGAGUCUUUUAUGUGUGGUGGAUGGUGCCGUGUAAUUGCAGAUGAUGGUGGGGGUGUAUAUCUUUCUGUUUUUGGUCUUUCUGUCACGGUUUUUACUUGGUUUAGGUUAGAUAAAUAC